AUGUUCGAGCUCAAACCUACGCAACAUUAUGAAACUAUUCGAGAAAUGAAUACGCUUCAAACUGUGAGAAAGAUCUGGUACAAAAAAAUUAAUAAUGAAGGAUUCCUGCUGAGAGGAUGUUCACAUAAAUAUGCUACUGGACGAGGUUUCUUCCGUGCCCUUUUUUCUCUCUGUCUCGUUUCUUCUAUUGGAGCCGUCACUUUGGCAAUCUGUCAAAACUACUGUGCAUCUGUCAACGGAGGAGCUUCCUAUGAUAACUGUUCUCCAUGGAUCAGCUUCGCCACUCAAACCAACCAGACCUGCUACAACCUCUGUGUCCAUAACUGUGCUGCUGUCUAUGACGGAUCCUGUAUGACUGGAAACAACUUCAGAUGCUGUUUGGCUACCACUCCAGCCAAGACUCAAGAAUUCAAAGUCAGCGGAUGCAAUACUCUUUACAAUAACUUGUAA